CUCAACUGCAACGAGACUUCUUGUAAGUAGUUUUUCGACCAUUUUCGUCACCAACUUAUACAAAGAGCAGAUAAAAUGUCUACGCAAGACCAGUGGCGAUGGUGUAACAAGUGCCAAGGUCUUUGGUACUCUGGUAAUUCUGGUAGUCAAAAUAAUUGGCGCUGGUGCAAAAAAUGUCAGUCACUCGCUUACAACGGCUCUGGCUCACCUGGCCCCUGUCCUGCGGGAGACAAACACGAUCACUCUGGUAGCGGUAAUUACACGCUUUCUACCAUUCCCGUCUCAGGACAGCAAGCAGACUGGCACUGGUGCAAUCGCUGCCAAGGACUCAUCUAUUCCAAGACCCAGUUCUGCGCCUCGGGCAACAAUCACAAUUCUACCGGUAGUGGGAAUUAUUCCGUGCAUUAUAAUGCUGCGGGGGGUCAAGAUAAUUGGCGCUGGUGCAACAAGUGCGAGGCUCUCUGCUACGCGGGGAACUCUGAUCAAGGCAGCGGGGCAGAAAGGAUGGAAGUGGUGCCGCAAGUGUCAGGCCAUGUGCUGGUCCCAGCCAAGUGAUGGAGACAUGGGAGAUUGCUCGGCGGGUGGAAAGCACGAUCAUACCGGUAGCGGUGAAUAUGCGGCGCCCGUGGGGACCGGAACUGAUCACCGUUUUGGUG